AUGAACUGUCUUCGCAUCCUGAUUCGGAAUCUCCUUUCCGCCACUUCCGAUCCCGACACAGUCUCUCGGUUGUUGGCGUCGGAGGUGGCUAAGGGCUACGUCAUUGGGCCGUUCAGUUCUCCUCCGUUUUCCCUGUUUCGCGUCAGUCCGAUCGGCGUCGCUACUAGGAAGUAUUCUGGCAAAAAGCGAUUGAUCUUCGAUUUGUCAGCGCCGCAUAACGGGCCUGUUCCCAGCAUUAACAGUCUCAUCCCACUAGCCCCCUUUUCUCUGCACUAUGCCACCGUCGAUAAUGCCAUCAACAUGAUUAAACUGGCUGGGGUGGGCGCUUGGCUUUCCAAGGCAGACAUCACCGACGCUUUUAAAAUCGUGCCCAUCCAUCCUUCCCAAUGGCCUCUUUUCGGUGUUAAGUGGGACUCACACUUUUAUUUCGGUGUGCGCCUGACCUUUGGGUGCAAGAGCAGCCCUUGCAUUUUUAAUCACGUGUCGGAGGCGCUUUGCUGGAUCCUGCUUAACAGGGUGAGGGUGCCUUCGGUGCUUCAUUUGCUGGACGAUUUUUUGCUUAUCGACCCCCCUCACGAUGGCUCAGGGUCGUCUCUGGGGAAGCUGCGGAGCUGCUUUCGUUCCCUGGGCGUUCCUUUGUCUGACGAAAAAACUUUAGGUCCUGCCACGCGCCUGGAGUUUCUCGGGAUCACCUUCGACUCCGUCGACAUGCGCGUGUCUCUCCCGCUCGACAAAUUACAGCGCAUUCGCGAGAUCGCUGCGUCUUUUUCGACCGCCGUUUCCAUAACUAAACGCCAGUUGCUUUCCCUUUUGGGCCACCUGAACUUCGCCAUGCGUGUUAUCCCUCAGGGGCGUUCGUUUAUAUCCCGGUUAUUGGAUACGGCUUCUUCCGUUUCCCAACUGCAGGAUCUCGUGUCUCUCGAUGACGGCUGCCAUUCCGAUUUGCGUUUUUGGGCUCACCUACUCGAACAUUGGAAUGGUGUUUCAUUUUUUUAUGAUGAUUUGGUGCAUUCUUCUGACUCCAUGCUGUUCUUCACGGACGCUGCCCCUUCUGCCGGGUUCGGUGGAUUUUUUCAGGGGCAGUGGUUCGCAGGUCACUGGCCUCCCACCUUCUCCCGGCUCGAUUCGUCGGCCAUGCAUGAGAUUUACCCCAUCGGCGUAGCUUGCCGCGUCUGGGGCCAUCAAUGGCAGCGCAAACGUAUCUCCGUUUUGUGCGAUAAUCAAGCGGUCGUCGACAUCUUAAAUAGGGGGCGCUCUUCAUGUAGUGCGAUUAUGCCAUUUGUGAGGAGCAUCACCUGGUCUGCCGUCAUGCACAAUUUCCUCAUCACUGCCCGUCAUGUUCCCGGUCAUUCUAAUGGUGUGGCUGAUGCUCUGUCUCGUUUUCAUUUUCAGGCCUUUCGGCGCCUGUGCCCUACCGCCAGCCCCUUCCCUGUCACUCUGCCUUCUCUCCAGGAGCUGGCCCUGUAUUAAACCUAU